CACAUUUUCCCUCCUUCAUUUCUUCUCUAUUUCAGCGAAAAACUUAACAAAUUAUGUCUUCGUCCUCGGAGUCCCAAGAGCCCUUACCUUCAUCGGAAGCGGCACUAAGCAAAAAGGCGGCGAAGAAGGAAGCCGCCAAACAAGAAAAGCUCCGCCGUCAGCAGGAAAUCGCCGCGGCUGCAGCCAAACUUUCAGUUGACGAGACCGAUCCUCUCGCCGCAAAUUACGGCGAUGUGCCAAUCAUGGAGCUCCAAUCGAAGAAGACCGCGGCUGAGGUCGGAAACUGGACACCGGUGGAGGCUCUCGACGGUUCUCUGGAGAAUGAGGUGGUGCUUAUUCGUGGAAGGGCACAAACUAUUCGUCCGGUGGGAAAAAAGAUGGCAUUUUUGGUUAUAAGGCAGCAUGGGUUCACCGUGCAGUGCUUGGUGCAGGCGCAGCCUGAUUCGGUGAGUCCUCAGAUGGUUAAGUACGCUGCUGCACUCAGCAGAGAGUCCAUUGUAGACGUUGAAGGUGUAGUUACCAUACCAGCCGAACCUAUCAGAGGUACUUCGCAGCAGGUGGAAGUUCAAGUGAAGAAAUUGUAUUGUAUCAAUAGGUCUGUUCCAACUCUAGCAUUUAAUCUUGAGGAUGCUGCUAGGAGUGAAAUGGAAAUUGAGAGGGCGUUGCAGGCCGGGGAACAACUUGUUCGUGUUAAUCAGGAUACAAGAUUGAAUAACAGGGUACUGGAUCUGCGCACAGCAGCUAAUUAUAACAUUUUCCGCAUGCAAUCUCGAGUUGCAACGGAAUUCAGAAAUUUCUUACUUUCCGAAGGAUUCAUUGAAAUCUUCACUCCGAAGUUGAUUGCUGGUUCUAGUGAGGGUGGAGCUUCUGUUUUCAGACUGGACUACAAAGGGCAACCUGCAUGUCUCGCCCAGUCACCUCAGCUUCACAAGCAGAUGGCUAUAUGUGCUGAUUUUGGCCGUGUUUUUGAGGUUGGUCCUGUGUUUAGAGCGGAAGAUUCCUACACUCACAGACAUCUGUGUGAGUUUAGAGGUCUUGACGCUGAAUUGGAGAUCAAGUACCAUUAUUCUGAGGUUAUGGAUAUAGUUGAUAGAUUAUUUAUCGCAAUAUUUGACGGUUUGAACAAGAAUUGUCAGAAAGAAAUGGAAGCUGUGAGGUCUCAGUAUCCAUUUGAACCAUUAAAGUACCUGCGAUCUACUCUACGACUUACAUAUGAAGAAGGGGUUCAGAUGCUCAAGGAUGCCGGAAUAGAAAUUGAACCUUUUGGUGACUUGAAUACUGAAGCUGAAAGGAGACUAGGCCAGCUAGUUUUGGAGAAGUAUGGCACGGAGUUUUUUAUCCUUCAUCGGUACCCUUUGGCUGUAAGGCCAUUUUAUACAAUGCCAUGCUGGGACAAUUCAACAUACAGUAACUCGUUUGAUGUCUUUAUUCGAGGUGAGGAGAUAAUUUCAGGAGCUCAGCGAAUCCAUGAUCCAGUAUUAUUGGAACAACGUGCAGAGGCUUGUGGCAUUGAUGUCAGAACAAUAUCUACAUAUAUUGAUGCUUUCAGAUAUGGUGCACCCCCACAUGGUGGUUUUGGUGCAGGAUUGGAGCGUGUAGGAAUGCUCUUUUGUGGUCUGAAUAAUAUUCGCAAAACAUCACUUUUUCCACGUGACCCACUUAGGCUCGCACCAUGAUAAUAUUAUAUCCAAAUAGUAGCCCAGAUAUUGAGUUUUUUUUUUUUUUUUUUUAUAUUUGUUGCGAAAUGUUUCUUUCCGUAGAAUCUGAAGAUAAAAUAUUUGAAUUAGCAGUCUUGGAGCUGAUAUUGAGCACUUCAUACAUGCUAUAUUUCUUAUUGUUGACUCAGUAAUUGCUACUUUGCCACUGUGCAUUGAACUGCACUUUGUUGGUAUUUUCGACCUAGCAAGUAUUGGUGUGAGGAUAAUUCCUAUC